AACAAUUCUUAAUCAAUCUUUUGUUGAUUUUAGAAAAGCAUUCCAAUUUGCCAACGAUGUCUCUGAUUCCAAGCAUCUUUGGUGGUCGACGAACCAAUGUCUUCAACCCAUUUUCUCUAGACGCUUGGGAACCAUUUGAUGGCUUUUUCACCUCUACUGUAGCCAAUGUGCCCUCUUCAGUCCACCUUCCAGGGCUGAAAAAGGAGGAGGUAAAAGUGGAGGUUGAAGAAGGAAGGAUUCUCCAGAUCAGUGGAGAGACGCGCAAAGAACAGGAGGAGAAGAAUGAGAAGUGGCACCGUGUUGAGAGAAGCAGCGGCAAGUUCCCGAGGAGGUUUAGGGUAACGGAGAAUGCCAAAAUGGAUCGGGUGAAGGCUAGCAUGGAGAAUGGUGUGCUCAUCGUGACUGUCCCCAAGGAGGAGGUUAAGAAGCCAGAGGUUAAGUCUAUUGAAAUCUCCAGCUAACUGCAAUGGUCGUGUUGUUUGUCUGGCUUCAUGUCAACAAAGUUUGUGUCUUUGUGUGUCAUUGAGGCAGAUGCUUCCUCAAAGUCUGUUGUGUCUUGGUCUUUUCAUAACUAAGAAAAUGUGUCUCUGUGUAUGGAUUUUUGAAUAAAAAUUAUAUUUGCAU